UUCUUUAGGUGAGAUUAUUGAAUGACUUUAGUUUCGCCCCAUUACAUUAGGUUAAUAUGUUAGUCACCAGUCCUUAUUUAUGUGUGGUUAAUUCGUAUAAAACUUUCAAUUGGUGAUUGUUGCUAACUGACAGUUAAAAGAGUAUCCCAUUAAUUAACAGUUGAAAUCCAUUGUUCAAUAGAAAAGGCAUAAAGGGCUUUCAAAGCGGAAGAUACCCAAUGGCGACCUCUUCUAAAGAAAACAAGGAUGGAAUAACAAGCAAUGUUCAGGGGCAGUCAAGUAAACCACAAACAGAAGUGCGGAAUCCUAGUAGGCCGGUUGUGUCAACCAUUGAUCCUAGGCACAACUUUAAACGUUUUGAUGCGGCUGCAAGCUUCGGAGAUAGAGCAAAUGCAAACAUGGAUAGUGAAAAUGAAGAGAUACGUCGUCUGGAAAAUGAGGUUAAGCGACUGAGAGGCAAUCUAGCAUCGUCAGACGCAACUAUCAAAAAAUUGAUGAAGAGAGAUAAGGAAAUGGCUAGCAGAUUGUCAGAAGAAGUGCAACGACAUGUUAAGCAAAGCGGGAAGUUUGAAAAUUUGUCACACGGUGGUGUACGAUUGAGCCAGUUGAUCGAAAAAUACGAGACUCUCUACUCCCAAGGAAGACUAGACGCCCUAGACGAACUAGAUGAGGUCCCGCUACUUCGCAAAAUGAAGAAAAGAGAAGAUAUCAAAAACAAAAUAAUGGCUGGUAUCAUGAUUGCGUCUUUCAGGAUCUGCCAAGACUAUGCUGGGUUGAUUCGAGCAUCUGUCCACAGCCUUCUUGGUGUUCAAAAGAACCACACAGAAUUCGCCGUUGGAAAUCCAGAUGCAGAUAUCAAACAUCAUAUUGAAGAAUAUCUCCAAUCAACAACUGAAAGAUAUAACAUUGAACAAAUGGUUAAGGAUGUUGAAGACCAACUGAAAGAGAUUCUUCCAGAACUACCAGAUUUCUUAUCUUCAAAGCCAUACAUGGCCACCUAUGUCUGUGAGUGCGUCCGCCUCUCAUGGGCGAUCGUCAAUCAAGUGCCUCCUGUUGAAAUCGAGUACACUUCAGAGCGGUUCAGUGACGUAAUGCAUUCUAGAUUCCACACAUCAGAUUCGAAAUGUCAGUGGAUUAAAAUGUACGCUUGGCCGACACUUGUAGAUUCCAAAAAUAAGAACAUUAUGUCAAGAGGCAUUGUUAUUACGUGAAUGUAAAUCGAACAGUGGGUAGCAAAUGGCCUUACAACGACAAGAUACGCGAUUGUGAAAAACUUAUCAAUGGUGCCAUCCACUUCUACGCUAGCAUCUAAAAACUAGCUCCUGAUUUUCCAGAUUUAUUCCACUAGUCGGGGUUAUGUGCUGCAGUCCUGUCUAGAAACUGAUUAGAAUAUUUUCAUUUAAUCACAUUAAUUCACAAUAGGUAGCAGAACUAAUUAGGGGGGGGUAUAUAGGCUAAAAAAUGAGCUAAUUUUGAUAGCUCAGCGAAUACUCUGAAGUGUUUCAACUGUAUCAAAACCACAUUUCCGUACCGCUAAAUAGUAUAAAAUCUCUUCAUCAUUAUUGUAUGCUGGUUAAUCGAUACAAAAGUUUUCAAAUCUAGUUUAAUAUUUCGAUAAUUUACCGGGAAAUAGCAAUUUUAUGAGGAAUUAGGAAGGCUUUUCAUGUUUCAUUCCAUUUUGAAUUAACCAUUAAGAUAUUGCGAGAUGAACUACGAUACCAAUAAGGUGGUGAUUUAAACAUUUUUCUUUGACGCUAUCAUUCGCUCAAAUGAUCUUGUAAUGUAAUGUACCAUGUAAUAAGCAAGUAUGUAUUGUCAGUAAAUUGUGUAUGUAUAAUUUUACGUCUAUAAUUUCGAUAUAUAAUUUUGAAUAAAAUAAACAGCAAGUGCUAUUGAGCAAAACAGGUUUCCCUAUUUCCCUAUUCUCUUAAAGUAGAAAUGGGCUCAUAUGAAUUUGAAAAAUUGUUGUUGUAAAGAUCUCUUCUUUAACGCAACAAAGCCAUAUAGGCGUAUAGCCGUAGUUGCAGUGAUCUUAGAUUGAUGCUUUCAUUUUAAAUAAAUUAAGGAUUUUAUCGAA